UCGGAAAUUUUCCAUUACAUAUGGAUGAGGUACUAGUGAAAACAACCAAGAGUAGGAGGAUCCGUAUGGUAGAAAGAAAAACUAGAAAAAGAAGUGUUGGUAAACCCAAAACGAAACAUCUUGAAGCCAGGAAUACAAUGGAACGUCCAGAAAAGAAAAAGAUAAGUGUGACAUUGAUCAGAGAUCACUCCAAAGAAUAUCUAUCAAAUUUAACAGUUGAGUUCGAUCACUUUGGUAGAGCUAUUGGACCUAACCGCUUUAAGUUCACCAGUUAUCGUGGAGUGACUACGAGGAAGAUGAUUUCUAUCCUGAUAGAUAGUUGGGAUUUAGUGGAUCAAUGUGAAAAAGAUCAAUUGUGGUUAAACAUAAAGAAUUAUUGGCAUAUACGAGAUGAUGAUCAUAAAGCACAAGUACUUAGAGAUUGCAACACGCAUUGGAAAGCCUACAAGUCGGAGCUUCUUAAGUUGUGGGACAAUGGUGUCAAUCCAGUAAAACAAUACCCGUACCUUGACAAAGCAAUGUGGAAAAAUUUCCUUGUUCUAAAAUCCACGGAAGAAUUUGAGAACAUUUGGAAGGACAAAAAACCAUUUUCUAGUGAGGAAUUGGAGGAACGUGUUAAAACAUGGAUGAGAACUUUUGGUGAUAAAGUGAAGCCUUUUUGUAAGGCAUACAAUGAAUCAACCACAAAGGGGAAAGAGAGGUUAGAUGUGACAAAGGGGAAAGAGAGGUUAGAGGUGACAAAGGGGAAAGAGAGGUUAGAGAUGUGACAUUAACAUAUUUUUUUCUGUUUAAUGAACUAAGUUCAUGGUAAUUUUUUUUUCUAUUUCUAAAAAUGAAAACAUGAUCAGUGAUGUCCCACUUCUUAUGGUUGGAAUGGAAUCAUAUAGUAGGUUUGUAUUUUGUAGAGAUUGAUCCAUGGUAAUCAUAUAGUAGCUUUGCAGAGAUUGAAAAGUUUGUUUCAGUUGGA